UAAACCCUUGAUUUUGUUCUGUUUGCAUUGUGGUCAAAGGAGAGAUCUAUCUCUAAACUACCUGUGUUAGAGGAGAGACGGGGAAGGGUCUGCCGCCGACCUCUCUUUGAUUCCUCAAACAUCAUCGGCCGCACUAUUUUCUGAUCACUAUUCAAAAGGUUGAUCUUGGUGCUUGAUCAAGCAUUAGUUCGAGCGUUGAUAUGGUAGGUGUAAACGGAAACAAAGUGGGGCAUCUAUUUGAAAAUAUUAGCAGCUUUGUUCGUCAAUGUAUAUUUUCUGUACUUAAUGUGGGUCCUGUUCCUAGUCACAUUGCUUUCAUUAUGGACGGAAAUCGUAGAUAUUCUAAGAAACAGAACUUGAUUGAUGGGAAUGGACACAGAGCUGGAUUUUCAGCUCUUAUCAAUAUGCUGAAAUAUUGUUACGAGCUUGGUGUAAAAUACAUAACAGUUUAUGCCUUCAGCAUUGAUAACUUCAAGCGAAGGCCUGAAGAAGUUGUAUCGCUAAUGAAACUGAUGCAGGAAAAGAUUGAUGAAUUAACAAAAGAGGAGAGCAUUGUAAACCGCCUUGGGAUUAGGAUUUACUUUCAAGGAAACCUUAAACUUCUGAGUGACCACGUCAGGUCAGCAGCUGAGAGGGCUAUGGUAAAGACAUCAGGUAAUUCAAAAGCUAUAUUGUCUAUUUGUGUUGCCUACACAUCAACAGAUGAGAUUGUGCAUGCUGUUCAAGAAUCUUGUGAAGAAAAAUGGGAUGAGAUUAGAAAAAAUAAUGAUGGAGGCAAUUUAAUUAGACUCGAAGAAAAUGUGAAGGACAAGGAUGAGCACCGGAUUGGUGUAACAAAUGUUGACAGACAUAUGUACAUGUCAGUUUGUCCUGAUCCAGACAUUAUUAUACGGACUUCUGGAGCAGCUCGGUUAAGCAAUUUUCUUUUGUGGCAAAGUGCACACUGUCUUCUUUAUUCUCCCGCUGCACUAUGGCCUGAGAUUGGUUUGAGGCAUUUGAUUUGGGUAAUUUUAGACUUUCAGAGAAACUACUUGUAUUUGAAGGAAAAAAAGAAGCAGUCAUGAAGUAUACGUAAAAGUUCUUAAUCAACUUUUAUCCUGCUGUGAUUUUAUCUUGCUGCUCCAUUUGUUCAAUGCAGUUCUCGUCUACUGAAUAUGUAAGCAUGAAUUAGGACUUUUUUUAGUGUUCUUCUUCUGUAGAUAUAGUCAAUUAAUGGUCAAUUGGUGGUAGCAAAAUCAAACAAGUAGUGGAAGUCUGAUUGAGCUAUGUUGGAUGCGCCUUGAUAGCAAGCAGUGAAUGAAUGUAUUGUACACUAAGAUCUGGCCUUGGAAAUUGUUGUAUCAGUGAGAAGUUAAUUAUCAUGAAUCAAUUGUUUUACCCUCUUGUA